AUGGCAGCCUCCCUCGAGGCCUUCCACCCCAGCAUGACACACAGUCAGAUCCUGUGGAAAGCGUAUCAAGAAAAUGUCGCUCCAGUGAUGAUGAUAUUCCACCAACCCACCCUUCUCAAACUCAUUUACAAAGCCGCUUCAAAUAAGAGCUAUAUCGACCAUGCCUCGGAGGCCGUGGUCUUCGCCGUCUACUUCACCGCCGUGAACAGUAUGGGCACAGAAGAAUGCGCAGAGAAGUUAGCUCAGGACCAGUCAUCCCUCCACGAAUAUUACAAAUUUGCAACACAACAAGCCCUGGCUCGCGCUGGCUUUCUUCAAACACGCAGCUUGGCCGUGCUUCAAGCUGCCGUUCUAUUCUUUACCUGUCUUCGCGGUCCGGGACAUGCAUAUUUUCGGACCGGGACAGAGCAGAUAUCGUCUCUUGAGAUCACGUCCGACGAUCCCAAACGAGCUCAGCUCUUUCUGACUGCUAUUGAAGUAGUAGAAUUCGCCCAUCUGUUAGAGACAAAUUCGCGAACGAGCAAAUGGUCUUGGUUGUUUGAGGGUUAUCCACAAUGGCAAGCCGCUGCGGUGGUGCUCAUGGAACUCUGCGCUCGACCGCAGACCGCAGAGACUCAGGGGGCCUGGGUUGUGGUCGAAAAGGCCGUCACUAGCUGGGUCGGUAAAUACUUCCAAGAGGGUAGUAUUACUAUGCAAACGGUUUCAUGUCUGAUGGAGCGAGCGGCUGCAGUACAUGGUCAUAUCAGAAGAUAA